AUGGCGCGCUUCUUAGAUCUUCCGCACGAGCUCCUCCUACAGAUUCUUGGCUAUUUCACUGGCCUGCCAGAGUGCCAGCGAACACUUUCAAAUCUUUGUUCAGUUUCUCGAUACUUCCUACCUGCUACACGAGAGCGCCUGCACGCUGCUCCAAAAGCUCAUUGGCUCAAGUGCAAUGAUCUGUGGACGCUUAAUACCCUACUCAUACAAACACUUGUCAACAAUUCGUCUCUUCGACAUUUGGUCCGACACUUAGAUCUCUACCUUCCAAGGGCCGCUUGCCGUCCCCAUGAUUGUUAUGAAAUCCGCAAGGAACUGAUUCACGAUGAACAGCAUGAAUUUCCCUAUGGUCUAGUCAAGACAGGUCUUGGUGGGGCCGCUGGCGUUCUCCUGCUCCUCACUCCCAAACUCGAACAACUGGAAAUUAGCAGUGACGCAUCUCCUGGCUCCAUAACAGAUGACCCAGGAAAGGAAAUUUCUCUUCGUUUUACUUCAUGA